AUGGGGUGGGUGGCUUAUGCGGUCCUCCUCACCGUCGCGGCCUGUUUCGCAUCCGUUCCCACGGCAAUGGCCCAAAACGACUUCUACGGCAUCAGCGAAGACAUCGUUCAACCGCCGACGAUCACGUGGCUGUCCCCUCCCAAGGGACACAUCUCCGGCGGCACGGUCCUGACCAUCUACGGCUCCGGCUUCAAGCGCUCGCGCGUCGCUAAGGUUCGCUUCGCCACCGAGUCUCAGUUCGACGAGGUUGACGCCGAGUACGUGAGCGAGUCCAUGAUCAGGUGCGUGACCCCGAAGCGCGCCACGCCGGACACCGCGCACAUAACCGUCGCCAACGACGGCAUGCAGUUCAGCGGAUGGCCGUUGGUCUACACCAAAGGGUCCGGCACCUUCCUCAAGUUCAUCUUCGACAACAGCCGGCCCGGGUGCCUCGACUGCCUCAACUCCGCCGUUCCGCUCUCCGGAGGGCGGGUCUACGCGGGCUUGAACCCCUCGAAGGUUGUCGAACGGUGGGUCCUCGACAACGCCACCGGGCCGUACAUCGGCGGCACGCUCGUGACGAUCACCGCGGCUGGGCUGGAGUGGACCCGAGCCGGCGUCGCGGAGUACGACAUGUACAUCCCGGGCACCACGCAGCGGUACAACGGACCGGUUGGGGGACCGGGGACGCCGCACCCGCACAACGUCGACCCCAUGAGCUCGGGUAACGGACCGCCCGUCACCGGCACGUUCUACCCGAGCGAACACCUGAUGUGCAUGUGGCAGUGCUACUUUGACUUUGACCAGAACGCCGGGACUGGGGAGAACCUCACCGCGGCGGGGUUACCGGCGGGGGUGGACGAGAUCACCGAGUCGGAUUGGGUCCCCGCCACGUGGAUCGAUUACACCAAGAUCUCGUGCGAGUCCCCGCCGCACAAGGUCCCGGGACGGAGCAACGAGGAGAUCGCUCCGACGACGUGCCGCGUUCGCGUCACCAACGACGGCGAAAAGUUCCACGAGGGUUCGUACGCCGUUUGGCGAUACGAGGAUAAGAGACCGACGGUGACAAACAUCAAGACGAACCAGUUCAGCGUCUGGCCCGCGCGCGGGCCCUUCGCGGGGAACACCGAGGUUGUCGUCACCGGCACCAACUUCCUCCCGUCCAAGUACCUCAAGUGCAGGUUCGGCGGGGUCAACACCGCGGAUACCGGCGGGGCUUACGAACAGGACGACGUCUCCCACAUCGUAGGCGAGGUUGGCGGCCGCGUGCGUUACAUCUCGAGCACCGAGAUCAUCUGCGUGACGCCCAUCUUCGGACCCGCCGCGGCGGCGAGCCAGUACCCGGCGGGGAGCCCGGGCACGAUCGGCUCGGGCGCGGAGCUCGUCGUCGACGGGUACGGCGGCGAGAGCUCUUUUCUCACGUAUCCGUUUUCGAUGAAGCUGCUGGACGGCACGGUGGUCAUGACGAACAGGAGCGACUCCGUCGGCAACAUCACCGUGGUGUCCGGGGGUAAGGGUUACGCCACCGCGCCGACGAUCACGCUCGAAGGCGGCGGCGGGUGCUGCUAUAACAUCACCUGCGCCGUGGACGAGCACGGUACGAUCACGUCUGUCACCGUGCACGACGGCGGCCGCGGGUACAACCAGGGCGCCGACGCCGCGGCGACCGCGACGAUAUCCACCGUCGCGGACGGCGAUCCCGGCAGCGAUAAGAGGCAGAUAGUCCACGACGUUAAGGUCACCGAGGGCGGCUCCGGGUACCUCGUGCCACCAGACGUCUACUUUGAGUGCUCCGGCGGGCCCGACGAUAGGAGCUGCUUUUCGUCCGGGGAGGAUUCCGACGGUGGCCCGGUCCCGUCGUGGGUCCCCGGCGAGCACGCCACCGCGAUCGCGGUGCUGGGCGAGUACGAUCCGAAGUGCGAUAACUCCUGGCAGCCGUGCGACGCGCAGGGCGCCGUCGUUCGCGUGGAUAUCACCUUCCCCGGGCGGUACUACUCGUCCGCGCCCGUGGUCAAGUUUCGGCCGCAGACGCCGAAGGUGAUCGUGACCCCCAACGAGCGGAUACUCGACUUCGCCGACCCGCCCAAGGUUGGCUACUACAGCAACCAGGGCAAGGGAUGGGACGAACUGGACCCCGAGCAGAGUCACGGGUCUUGGACCAACGGCCAGAAGGACGAGUCGAUUCCCUACGACGUCACCGGCAUGCCGAACGGCCAGAACAGGUUGCCGGGCGUCUCGGCGUCGCAGAACUGCGCCACGCCGGAUUUCUGUCCGGAGGCCAGGAACCCCGAGGACCGUGGGCCGCUGUUACCGCCGCUCGGCAAGGCUUGGAUGGACGGCUCGAUCAAACCCGGACACCAGGAGCUGGUUCGGGUGUCCAACAACUACCACAAGUUCGGCGCCAUGCGAGGUAACGACCAGGACCAGGUGCGCACGCACUUUGGGUACAGGAACCAGACCAAGAACGCGUCGAUCGGCGAGGACAUGGGGUACUGGAUGUGGAGUAACAGCGGGAUGACGGAGGCUGAGAUGAACCGAUGCAGGGUUUCGAACAAUCCACCCAUUCAUCAGUUUUCGUCCCUUCAGGGCCACGGGCUCGACGCCGCGCUCGGUCUGGGAACCGCCGACGACGAGUUUCAGCUCAUCGGACCCACGAACAACCUCCGUUACCUCGACGGGUCCUCCGUGGGCGGCGCGCCGGGGUACGGCGCCGCGGCGAUUGUCACGCUGAGCGCCAACGACACGGUUUGCGCGUCGACCAAAAAGUGCUACGUUUCGCACGUCACCGUGACCAACGGCGGCAAGGGGUACAUGUAUCCUCCGACCGUCACCUUCAGCGGAAGUAGCGGCUACGGCGCCAAGGCGACCGCGGUCAUCAGCGGCGGCAUCGUCGUGCGCAUCGAGGUCGACCCGCUCGCUCGCGGCAUCGGCUACGAGUCGAAUACGUUGACGGAGGUUCACAUCACCGCGGUUCGACAGCCCACGGUGUACGACGCGGCUGCGCCGCACGAGGGCGUCUACAUCGACAAGGGCGCGCUGACCUACGACGACUCACAAACCGCGCACUACGAUCACGCGCUGCCCAACGGCACCGACGGCGGCGAUCCCCCCCCGCGCAGCGUCGGCCACGGCACGUACACGAUUGACCAGUCGGCGAGGUCGGUUCACGUCGGGCAGUUCGCGUCCACCAGCAACUACAUGGUCGGCCACGGCGCCUUCCCGGGCCAUCCGGGCAACCAGAACCUCGGACACCCGCGCAAGGACUGCAUAUACUUUCUGUACAGCGACAUAUACGUGUCGCCGUCGGGGAGCGAUUCCACAGGGCAGGGCACCGCGGGGCGGCCGUACCGGACCCUGCAAAAAUGCAUCGACGCCUCGUUGGCGGGAUCCAGGGACUAUUACGUGUACAAGAGAGCCGACGGCGGGGACAGGGACCCGGCGAUACCCGACGGUACUCCGCGGUACGGCAUCGAGAGCGCGGGGGAGCGCGUGGACGCGACGAAGGCUGGCAUGAACACCGGCACGGGUCGCGAUAAGGGAUACACCGGUCGCCAGGUUCGCAACUACAACGAGCGCCGGACGGGUUGGCGGGAGGCCACCACCGGCAGACUUUACGGCGGCAGGAGCUGGAGCGACAACACCCGAGACACCCAGAAGGGCUUCGGGUACACGGUCAACAGGGACAGGUGCGUGCUGAAGGACGGGGUGUACUGGGGCGAGGGCAACAGGGAGCUGCAACCUCACGGGCACAUGGUGGAGAUUUGGGCGGAGAAUGCGCAGAACGUCAUCAUCGACUGCGGCGGCCGCGGCGUGGGGAAGAACGUCUUCACCGCCGACAGGCACAGCGGCGAGCGCGCGUCGGUGCUCGGCAGCGUCACCAUGCACGGCGUCGUCAUGCGAAGGUGCACGGUUCGCGCCGAUCCCAAGGCUAACCACCGACCCUACUAUCCCGGGCGGCCGGGAUACGGCCCCGGCGCGAAGAACCCCAACGGGCAGAGCUGCUGGCCGGGCGCGACGGGGUGCCAGUACCGCCAGGCGGUGGACGGCCAGGCCGCGGGUCAGUAG